CGCGAUGUCGUCGGCAUGGAGAAGGUGCUCUUAGGUAGGGAAGAUAAAUGUAGAAUCGUUGGAGGAAAAUAGCCUGAAAGGUUCUCGCGGAGGCGCAAUCUGGAGAACAGGCGAGAAAAUGAUAGUUUGCAGCCAUUAAGCAGCUAAAGAGAUUCCUUGAAAUGAAGUGAAAUUUCACCGCAUAAAAGCGGAUUUCAGCUCUUUCCCGAGCGAGAAAGGUAAAGAGCAGAUUAAAAUGAUGGCCGCUACCGCUCCCAUAGUGCACGAGUGACUUGCUCGGAAGCGACGAAAUCGGAAUUUCUUUUCUGAACUCGCGACUCAAUUUGGGGCUCUGUUUUUGACGAUCCACCAAGUUUUUUUUAUCGAAUGCCAUAUUAAAUUACCACUUUUAACAAAUUAGAGAGCAGAGAGAUCGAAAAAAAACGAACCGAAAUACGCCCAGAAGUGCAUAACUGAACCAGCGGUGUCCAUUUCGCGAAUAGUGCUCAGCAGCCUAUCAUCAGUGUGCAUCAACAGCAUCACGAAUCAGAAUUAGAGACGCAUAACAGUGAAAACGUAUUGUGAAGGCCGUUUCCUCCAAUCCCAGCACGUGAGCGAUCAUCAUGUACCGACCGAAUUUCUAUGAAUCAACGUGCCUCAGGUGCAAUGAAAUCGUUUACCAGGUGGAUAGAGUGGGUCCACUAAAAGAUUUUACUUUCUUCCACUCCGGCUGCUUCAAAUGUAAACGGUGCGGAACCAAACUGACGUUGAAAACCUACUACAACAACCAGCACAAUCAGGAUGAUAAAGAGGUGUACUGCUGCUCACACGUACCGAAAAGUGGUCCAGGACAUUUCGACCAAAACUCGGUCGGCAUCCGGCAGGCACUCAACGUGCCAAAAAGCACAAACUAUGUAAACGAGCAAAUCCGCGGUCAUCGGAACGAUGGCGUCGAUGGUGCACCACGAUUGGGAACACCGAAUGGAUACAACAACGUCGGUGGCCGAGAGGGCAACACACCGCCACAAAAUGAUCCGGAUUACAAGUACGGUCGGUUCGAUGCAAGUGCACUGCACAUAGCGCAUGCACUGAAACAGACCGAGAUACAGAAGGCGUAUGAUAAAGCGCGCGAAAAACCGAUCGAUUACUAUCUGGCACGCGAUGAGCAGGCAAAGUUGGAAAUGAAGCACCGGAAGGAAGAGGACGAUCUGUAUCGAAAAUUUGCCCGAAAAAGAGAAGAAGAAGACCGGCGUAUGCAAAGCGAAAUCCAGGAUGAAUGGGAGCGAGAACUGCAACGGUUGGCGCACAAGUUUGAGAAGGAGCUGACCACCAUUCGGCGGUCGCGCGAAGAUCAGAAUAUGCUUACCCUGAAGCAUGAGCAGCAAAAGGAGGACCUGGAGAAGAACAUGACCAUCAGGAAGACGAAAAAAAAGGAAAGCCUUACGAGAAAGCUGCUUGAGCACGAACGUUCCGAGACCGCAGCGCUUGUGGAUAGGCAGUCGAGCGAAAUGCUGGAGCUGAUUAGUGUCCGACGGAGUGAAUACAUGCAAAGCGAAAGUAUCUUCCUGGACGACGACAUUAACGAGACCGUCAUGGCGAUGGAGUAUCCGCUCGUUGCACCCAAGCCUGCCCCACCUGCGCUAAGCAAAUUUCAGGUGUACAACGAUCCGGUCGAGUUCCAAGAUGUCGACCAGAUAGCCAUCACCGUGGCCCAGGAGGACCAGAAAACCUUUACCGACCUUGUGCGACAGCUCGUUGGUCGGUGCACGUCGGACAUUGAAAAAGCACGUACCAUCUUCCGGUGGAUCACGGUGAAGAACUUGAAUACGAUGACGUUUGACGAUAAUCUGCGGGGCGACACACCGAUGGGUCUGCUCCGGGGUAUUAAGUAUGGGACGGAGAGCUACCACGUGCUGUUCAAGCGGCUAUGCAGCUACGCCGGAUUGCACUGCGUUGUGAUCAAGGGCUACUCGAAGAGCGCCGGAUACCAGCCUGGAGUAAAGUUCCAAGACUCGAGCCAUCCGAAAAAUUCCAGAUUCCGUAACUCCUGGAACGCUGUCUAUGUGGCCGGCGCUUGGAGAUUUGUACAGUGCAAUUGGGGCGCCCGACAUCUGGUCAAUGCGAAGGAGGUACCGAAGACGGGGAAGGGAAAGAAUGAUAGCCUUCGCUAUGAGUACGACGAUCACUACUUCCUGACCGAUCCGCGAGAGUUUAUCUACGAGUUUUUCCCACUUCAAGACGAGUGGCAGUUGCUGAAGCGACCGAUCACGUUGACGGAAUUUGAAAAUCUACCCUUCGUCCGUUCACUGUUCUUCCGCUACGGUCUCCACUUUGCCGAUGAUGGCUACGGCGCGGUCGUGUACACGGACGACACAGGUGCGGCAACGGUCAGGAUAGCGAUGCCCUCCAACAUGCAAGGAUGCCUGAUAUUCCACUACAACCUCAAGUUUUAUGAUAGUGACGAAGACUUGUUUAACGGUGUCUCUUUAAAACGGUUCGUUAUGCAGUCGGUGAUCAGCAACGUGGUGGCAUUCCGUGUGCAUGCCCCGUGUUCAGGCGCAUUCCUGCUCGAUAUCUUUGCAAAUGCAGUAACCCCACAAGAAUAUUUGACCGGGGAGCCAAUGAAAUUCAAAAGUGUUUGUAAAUUCAAGAUUUGCUGCGAAGAAUUGCAGACCGUCAUGGUCCCGUUACCUGAUUGCGCCUCAGGAGAAUGGGGUCCCACAAAAGCUACGAGGCUGUUUGGACUCAUUCCCAUCACGUACCCGGAACCGCUUAUUUUCGCUGGACGAGCGAUUGAGCUGCAGUUUCGCAUGUCGAGACCGCUGACGGACUUUAUGGCCACGCUGCACAAAAACGGUGUAGAAGAGAAGAAGCUAUCGAAAUAUGUGCAACAAACAAUAGUGGACGAUAUGAUAACUUUUAAUAUAAGCUUCCCGGAAGAGGGACAGUAUGGCUUGGAUAUCUAUACGAGAGAAGUUGGAUCGGUGUCUCACAACAAUAACUCCUCGAACGAGAAACAUCUACUCACGCACUGCUGCAAAUACCUCAUUAACUCUUCGAAAAGAAAUUAACACCGGAACACGCCGGCCCCGCAAACACGCUGCAUCUGCUCCAGAACACGGGUCAACAUCUAUUGUAAUGCUUCUUAAGAUUGUGUACAUAGAGA